CCCGCAGAAAAGAGAAGAAAAACAACAGCGAAACCGACUCCCGAGAAGCGGAGAGGGAGAAAAAUAUUCGCCCAAAUGGCGGGGGUCGUCGUCGUCGUCUCCCCUCCGGGGCCGAUCCCCCUCUCCGCCUCCUCCACCUCCCCCCGCGGUGCCAUUACCACAGUGGCCACUAGGGUUACGCGCUCCCGGUAAGCCACCACCCGCCCGGUCCACGCCGCCCCCGCCUCUCGCUCUGCGCGGUGUUCCUUUGCCGAUGCGGUGGUGGAAGCGUCCGGUUUCACCUUCCCCUUCCCCGUCCCCGUCGUCCGCGUCGACGCCCGCGUCCCCCGCGCGGGCCUCCACCUCCCGCGUUGGCGGUCCCCGCCGCGAUGGGGGGUUUGGUGGUGGUGGUGGUGGGGGGGGGAGUGAUCCGCAGCCGCGGUUGACCAGGCAGCGGCGGCUGCGGCACGUCGACGACAUCGAGGUCGGGGUCUCGGCGAUCGGGCUGGAUUCCUCCGCCUCGUCCGCGGCCCCAUCGUCGUGCCCUUCCAGGAGGGAUUAUGUGGGGUUCGGCCUCGUUACUGCUAGCUCGACGCCGAUCUCGAGGACCCCGAGUAACAUGGAGGUGGCGCCGCCGAGGUCGUCGUCGUCGCCCGUGCUGCUGCCGCACCCACUGCCCCUUCCCGAUGAGGGGGACUCGCCCUGCCGCGGGUCCGGGAAUCCCCUUCCUUCACCGAGGCUAUUUGAAGGGGACUGCAAUGGGUCGGCUAUGGAAUCGCCGUUGCUCGGGGUAUCGGAGAAUGGAAGCGACAGAGCUUCACUGUUGCCGAGAUGGAUAGCUAAAACUGUGCAAAAGAACCCAGAGCAUGGUGACUUGCAAUCAAAUGGCGCAAAUGGGAUUACAUUUGGGCAGCGGAGGAAGGCAUUUAAAGAGAAAUUACAGGAUAAGAGCUCAGAUGAAACACUGACCUUCAGAUUGGACAUACCCGCUAAAAGUGCUCCAAGCAGUGGAUUUUCGAGCCCUGUACAGAGUCCUCGGAGAAUCAGUAAUGUAGACUUCUUGUCCACUGCAAUGUCCAUCCAAGGUACCAAUUUAUCGUCAGCAUCAGUCUGGUCUCCUGAUCUAUAUGGAUCGUCUCCUUCUUGUGCAUCACCUGAAAAACUUAUGGGCGGUCAGGAGCGAUCUCCUCGCUCCAGUCCAUUGAGAAGCCCUGUUCUAAGAUCAAAAAACCCAAGUGCACCUCCUUCACCAAUACAUCCAAAGUUGUUCCCAGAGAACCAUGUUUCUCGUCCUGAGGGCAAUGGGAGUGUAAAUUUACAUCCAUUACCCCUCCCUCCCGCCUCUGUAAGCCCAAAGCAGACGAAUUUUAGUCACCAGCCAGUUCCAAAAGUUGAUACACCCUCAAUGGCUGGCCAGUGGCAAAAGGGAAAGCUCAUUGGCAGUGGCACAUUUGGAUGUGUAUAUGAGGCCGCCAAUAGACACACUGGAGCUCUGUGUGCCAUGAAAGAGGUCAACAUAAUUCCUGACGAUGCUAAAUCAGCUGAAUCUCUGAAGCAGUUGGAGCAGGAAAUAAAAUUUCUUAGUCAAUUCAAGCAUGAAAACAUAGUGCAAUAUUACGGCAGUGAAACUACUGAAGAUCGAUUCUACAUAUAUCUCGAAUAUGUUCAUCCUGGUUCUAUUAAUAAGUAUGUAAAUCAACAUUGUGGAGCAAUGACAGAGUCAGUAAUCCGCAGCUUCACCCGUCAUAUUCUUAAAGGCCUUGCCUUUUUACAUAGUCAGAAAAUUAUGCAUAGAGAUAUCAAAGGAGCUAAUUUGCUUGUUGAUGUGAAUGGUGUAGUCAAAUUGGCUGACUUUGGAAUGGCUAAGCAUUUGAGUACUGCAGCUCCUAAUCUUUCACUGAAGGGAACUCCAUACUGGAUGGCUCCUGAGGUGGUUCAGGCUACACUUGUCAAAGAUGUAGGGUAUGAUCUUGCUGUGGAUAUCUGGAGCCUAGGUUGCACAAUUAUCGAGAUGUUCACAGGAAAGCCUCCUUGGAGUGGUCUUGAAGGGCCCGCUGCAAUGUUUAAGGUGUUGCAUAAAGAUCCAUCAAUUCCAGAUAGUUUAUCCCCAGAAGGGAAGGAUUUUCUGAGAUGCUGCUUCAAGAGAAACCCAGCUGAGAGACCAACAGCGAGCAAGUUGCUGGAACAUCCAUUCGUCCACAAUUCUAAUCACUACAAACAGCACAGUGCUUUACAUUCUGUUGGACUUAAAUCCACCGAUACUGGACACAAUGCAAGAGACAAAAAUUCCGGUAAGAUUGAUUCAUUAAUGAGGGGGAAACAUACAAUUACAACUGGUGAAACAAGCAGUGGUAGAUCUCCCGGUUCAUUGUCUAAUCGGAUGGGAGUUGGCCCGACAGCUCUCCCAAACUUGGAAACUCGAAGCUUAUCCCCUCAACCUAUGAGUUUGAGGUCCAGUCCUGGCUCUGCAGCCCAUACACCGAGUAGUAUGAACUUUUCUAUUGCAUACCAUCAGCCUAGUCCGCUGCCAAGGUCGAAUGGAAAGGAAUCAAUAAAUAUGUUCGCCUUGAAGCAUGGCGAGCUGCCUACGUAAGAUGUGAGACACGUUAUCGGUCCACACAAAGAACACAGUCAUGAGGCAGGUUGCCAAUCUGUGCCCAUGCCUAACUUCUGACCCCUGUACUUCUAGUCAUCAUAAUUGACCAUUUGCUGGGUCUUGUAAAAUAUAAAGUACCGGGCAUGUGAAGGGCAUCACCACGGUAUGAUCGCAAUAGAUUCUGAAACCUGCAGUGUUUGUUUUCAAGGAAUGAUGGUGUUUCCUUUGUAACAUAUUAUUUAGGAUUAGCUGUAGUUUAAACUAAUGGCCCUGAUUGUUGCCAACAGAUAGGACAUUAGGAUUGUAGUUGUAGCUUGUAUUGUUUUUGCUGUUGUGUAACCACACCACGAUGUAAUCAUUGUUGAUUUUUUGAGUCCCGGCAAUAAUGAUAAAGAGUUGGCAAAGGGGAUCAAAGAUGUGCACGCUCUCUUUUGUGUU